GGUUAGUUCAAAGCGCUGUCUUCGUUCCAUGGAAACCCGCCUGCUUAAGGCGGGGCGGAGAUUUCGGCAGACAGAUGGAUUUAGGGGUACAUAUGGGAACUACAGUGUGCAGACCUGUCCUCUCUCCAACUCAUGUCAAUGCCACAGCUUCUGAAGCUUUCACAGUACUUCAGCAAAGGAUGAGAGCAGCUGAGGAGCAGACCAGUUCUCUGAGAGAUGAACUAAUAAUGUUGGAUUAUGGUGAAAAAAGAGGUCAGCUGGAAAUUCCAAAAUAUUUAGAAGACACUACUAGCCAGAAAGUCAUUAGUCCUAUCCAGAGUGAAAUAAUUUGUCCAGGACAAACAGAUAUUUUAUGGAAGAACUGUGAUUUUCUGGUGAAUCGAAUGUACCAUCUGGAAAGCCUCAUCCAGUCCUUGAAGAUGAGCAUCUUUCAUCUACAAACUGAAAAGGAUUUGAAUCCACAGAAAACAGCUUUUCUGAAGGAUCGACUGAAUACAAUAGAGGAGGAACACUCCAAAGACCUGAAGCUGUUGCAUCUUGAAGUGAUGGGUUUGCGCCAACAACUGAAAGAUAUCAAAGAAGGAGAAGGAAAAGCACAAAAUGAAUUUCAAAGGUUUACUACCACUCUGGAAAUGGCCUCAGAGAUAAAGAAGAAUGCAGCUAUUGAAGAGGAAUUGAAAACCACAAGACGUAAAAUGAACCGUAAAAUUCAAGAGCUGAGGAAACAGUUGGCUUUGGAGAAGCAUGUCAGAGAAUCUCUUGAGCAAUCUGGAUCAGCAAUGCUACGCAAAGUGCAAGAAAUGGGGUCAGCAGUGGAAAUGGAACAGAAACAGGUGCACAUUUUGCAGAAGAACUGCAUUACCCUACGCAGUUCUAUACAGAGUACCCAGAAACUACUGGCACAGGAGCAGCAAAAGAAAGGAGAGUUGGAGACCACUACCUCACAGCUCCAGUCUGAUCUAAUUUCUAGGGAUAACCUCAUUAGCAAGUUGGUUGAAGAAAGUAAGGAAGUGAAAAUAUCUCUGAAAAAGAAAAAUGAAGAAAAUGCAUAUUUGAGGUCUGAAAUAAUUAUCCUUCGUGAAGUAUCAGAAAAAACACAGGUUUUGAAUGAUCAGCUGAGCAGAAAAUGUUCAGAGCUGAGCAGCAUGCUUCAGUCUGUACAGAUGGAAAAUGCCAAGGUUACCGCUGACCAGCAGGCCAUUCUGCAGGUCGAGCAGAACAUGACACAGACAUUUCAAGAACAGAAAUUACUGCAGGAUGCAGCCCAUGCCAGCAUCACAAAUGAACUGCGGACUGUUCAAAAUGAAAAAGCCCAACUGCAGACACAUCUGGACCAUUUAAUCCUUGAGCAUAACCAGUGCAUCCAGAAAGCACGGGAUGCUGAGAAGAGGACCAAUACUCAGAAAGAGCUGCUAGAAUCAACGAUUGCUAGAUUGCGAAGUGAACUUGAAGCAUCAAUGCAAGAGAAGAAAGCUCUGCUAGAGGAGAAGGAAAGAGUUCAGAGAGCGAUUAAUAAAACAGAAAAAGAAACAGCACAAGAAAAAUACAAUUUGGAAAAGGAAUUAGCUAACCACAAGGUAGAUAUAAAUGCAUUAAACCAAAACCUGCAUACUCUUGUGGAAGAAAAUAAGUAUCUGGCAGAUCAAGUGGCUUCCCUUGAAUUUCAACGAGCCACUUCUGAUUACCAUGGGCUUACCCAGAAGAAGGUUGAAAAGAUCUUGGAAACAAUUACUGAGAGUAAAAAUAAACUGGCCUAUGAAAAAGGAAAACUCCAGGUAAAAGUUAAACAGCUAGAAGAACAACUACAUUCUUUUACUGAAACCAGUUUACAGAAUGACCAUCUUCGCACGUUGAAUAGGGCUUUAGAGACCAAAUAUGCUCAGGCUGACUCAGAACUCAGUGCCAACUAAGUAGACCUGCGGCAGACAGAUGCUCUCCUGAAAGAGCUAUAAAUUGUGAAAUUACUUCUUGAGAAACAUGAGGAGGAUCUGUCGCAAGCAGUGAAGAGUCGCGACACAGCUGUGAAGGAAAGUCAGAAGUUGAAAGGGGACCUCGAAGCUUUGGAGGACAGGGAAAGCAAAAAGGUGGGAAACUUUCAGCGGCAGUUGGCAGAAGCUAAAGAAGAUAACUGCAAGGUCACCAUCAUGCUGGAAAAUGUGCUGGCUUCUCACAGCAAGAUGCAAGGAGCUCUGGAGAAAGUCCAGAUGGAGCUGGGGCGGCGCGAUUCUGAGAUUGCAGGCCUCAAGAAGGAAAGAGCUCUAAAUCAACACAGGGUCCAGAAGCUGGAGGCUGAAGUGGACCAGUGGCAGGCCAGGAUGCUUGUUGUGGAAGCUGAGCACAGCAGUGAGAUGGAACCUCUUCAAAAAUCUCUAGAUAUAACUAGAGAAGACAACAGAAAACUGGCCAUGAGCCUGGAGCAAGCUCUCCAGACAAACAAUCAUCUGCAAACUAAGCUAGAUCAAAUUCAAGAAAAACUGGAAACCACAGGACUUGAGAAGAAGAACUUGGAAACCUUCAGAGAACGGAUGACUGAGGAAUCCAAAAUGGAAGCAGAACUGCAUGCUGAACGCAUAGAAGCUCUAAGAAAGCAAUUCCAGACGGAGAGAGAAACUGCAAAGAAGGCAGCGCAACGGGAGCUUGCUGAGUUAAAGAAAGCACUUGAUGAAGCCAAUUUCAGAUCAGUGGAAGUGUCCCGGACAAACCGAGAUCUGCGGCAGAAACUUUCAGAGCUGGAAAAAGUAAUGAACAGUAAUAAGGAGAAACUUAAGAAUCAAAAGGCCCAAAUAAAGCUCCAUUUGUCAUCAAAGGCAAAUAAUGCUCAGAAUGUAGAGAGAAUGAAGCAAAUAGAAACAGAAUUGAGGCAAAUGGAGAUAAUUAAGGAUCAAUACCAGAAAAAAAACUAUGAACAGUCUCUGAGUAUCCAGAGAUUUGUAUCUGAAAUGACUACCCUGCAGAAAGAGAUGCAGCUGUUAGCCAAGAGUCAGUAUGAAACCUCAGCACGGAAUAAACAGCAAGAGCUGCGACUAGCCACAGAGCGGAAAAUGAGGCAGGAGCUAGAAAACCGAUGCCAGGAAUUGGAAGAAACUAUCAGACACCUGAAAAAAUGUAAAGAGGCAACAGAGAAUAAAUUGAAGGAAGCUAGCAUGGAAUCGGAACAGAUAACAGCCAACCUGGAAGAGGCACACCGGUGGUUUAAGUGCAGAUUUGAUGGUUUACAGCUGGAGCUGUCAAAAAACCGGUUGCAGCGGCUCCCCCGGGAAGACAGGUGGCUGGAAGAGGAGCAAGACAAAAGGCACAGCAUUGAACCCAACCAGUCUGCUCUGCAUCGAUGGGAGACAAAGCAGAAUCUUGGGCUGGUGCCCAAGAAGUAUCAUCCUGAGACAGAGAGGAAGAAAUGACCUUCAAAGCAGCUUCAUCAUGUGUAGCUACACCUCCACAGUUGGGAGGGCCAGCAACCCACGGUC